GGAGGCCGAGAGCCCGGGCGAGGACUACGAGAGCCUGCCCACCGGCGCCUCCCUCUCCACGCACAUGACGGCCGGGGCGGUGGCCGGCAUCCUGGAGCACACGGUCAUGUACCCUGUGGACUCGGUCAAGUUUCUCUCCUAAAGGUUUAUGAUGCCACAAGGAAACUGCAGGGCACUUCGUGGGAGUUUAUUGGUGUCUCAUUGCUGCUCCUGUGCCAGGUAAAGCCAAGUACCUGGGAAAGUGAAAGGAGGGGAGCCCAUUUCAGCAACAGGAUGUGAAGAAAUGAUAGAAGUGACGAUGCCAAGGACUUCCCUGCCAUCUAUUUCCUGGAACUUCCCAGCUGCUAUGAACUCUUGUUACAUCUCUGAUUGUAAUUUUCAUUGCUAAGGGUGUCAUUUUUAAUAGCUUAAUUCAAAGCUUCCUCUCGUAAAGGUUGUUUCAGGUAGCCAGGUGUUCUGUGCUGACUUCAGUAGCAACAGCUGUGCUACAGCAAACUGCAAAAAAUGAAAAGUGCUCUGUAGGAGCUGGGUGGUAAAAUAUUGCUUCCAUCUGUAGGUCUCAGAGCUUUUUACAAAGGAGGAGGACUGUAUCAUUACAAAGAGGGGAAGUAACUUGCCCAAGGACACCCAGCAGACUGGUGGCAGAGCCAGGAGUAAAAAUGGGUCUCUUGAGUCCUGGUUCAGUGCUCUAUCCACUAGACGACUGUCUCUAUUCUAUCGUGCCGCAUCUGACCCCACAGACCGGCCACACUUCUGUCCAGUGCUAUAUUUAGCAUCAAAUGGAAGGGUGAUUCUGUGGUUAAGGCAAUGUACUGGGACUUCGGAGACCGGAGUUUAAUCCCCGACUCUGCCACAAACUCCCUGUUUGCCCUUGGACAAGUCACUUUGCUGGUGUCUGUUUCCCAGUCUAUAAAGUGAGGAUGAUAAUCCUUCUCUUGUGUACUUUGAUCAUAAACUCUUUAAGGUAGGGAGUGUUAGGUGCCAUGUGUUUGUAUGUGGCCUAACACAAUGGAUUUUGGGUCUCAACUGGGGCCUCUAGGUAAUACUAUAUUACUAAUAAAGCACUUGGAAUCUGACUUUACAAGUGCAGUGGGUAAGCAUUAUCCCUUUCUCUCCGAUAAAGAAACUGACACAGAGUUUGAUUGGCUUGCCAAAGGCCUCAAAGCAAGUCUGUCAGAGCUAGCAUUAGAAAUCAGGAGUUUGUGUCUCAGUUCUGUGGUCUGAUACAGUUUGGGAAAGUUCAUGUUUUACAGGGUAAGCCAAAGCUUUCAUCUUCUUCUGAGAACCCCUUCCUUUAGUACUGAUUAUGUUGGGUGAUCUUCUUGUCCCCUGCAGUGACAUUGAAACUAGUAUAUUAAUACAGUUGCCUGUUAAAAGCAAGAGGUUUCCAAGUACAUAGUCAUUUUAUACCAAGGAAGUCGCAUGGCUGGAAUUCAUAGGUUACAUUAAGAGCAUUUGACACUUACGGCUACAGUCUGGCUGAGUGUAUAUUCCAUUUUUUGGACUGUUGAAAAACACUUCUAGUGAUUUUCUAUUGAUAAUAGAAAUGGUCAGUAUCACAGCAAUAAUCUUAGAGACGCAAAUGCUCCAGCAGAUCACUUGUAAUAAUAAAAUGUGUUGGUCGUGACGCUAAAUUUCCAUCUUCUAAAAAAAUUCACUUAACAUUACUUACAAGACUAAUGAAUUUCUGUUUAUACUUACGUAAUGCUAGUGGUGAAAUAUAGGGAUUAACUUUGUGCAACUUCCAGGAAAACAGUUUAUAAACUAGCUAACUAAAUGUCUGGAUGGUAUUUUUUUUGGAGUUCUGUUAUUAACUAUUAAGAGGUCCUUAAUCUGACAUGCAAUUUAUUGAAGUAAAUUAAGCUCUAAUUCUUCUGUGUCAAUAUUCUCUUUAGGUAGAAAAUUAAAUACUUGUUUGGAUUUUUAUUGCUCUAAAAAGUGUCUGUCAAUGUUCUUGGUGCCCUUGAAAAUCUUUUUAAAAAAUACACUAACAAAUAAACAGAAGCAUUACUUACCCCAGCUCCGGUCAAAUAACCCAGGGACAAGAUAGCGCAGAGCAACCACCCCACAGCAUCCCUCCACCACUGCUACCUAGUCCUGGCCAGCACCUCUCUCCUCCAUCUGCUAAAGUAAAUCUGAUUUCCCACAGAUCUCACAAUGACUUUAGAGUUUCUCAAACUUUUUGUCGUGUGAACCUCGCCUCUUCCCCCUGGUGCCUGAACAGUAUUCCAGUGGCAGACCCGAAUGCAGAGUUUGCAGCCAGAUCCCAAAGCCCAGUACAAGAGCGUGUAUCAGGCCCUGAAGAAGAUUAUUCACACUGAAGGCUUCUGGAGGCCUCUACGAGGAAUUAACGUCACCAUGCUGGGGGCUGGCCCUGCCCAUGCAAUGUAUUUUGCCUGCUAUGAAAAAAUGAAAAGGACUUUAAGUGACAUUAUUCACCAUGGAGGAAAUAGCCACGUGGCCAAUGGGAUAGCCGGGAGCAUGGCCACAUUGCUCCAUGAUGCAGUAAUGAAUCCGGCUGAAGUGGUGAAGCAGCGGAUGCAGAUGUACAACUCCCCCUACAAAACAGUCUUGGAGUGCAUACGAACAGUGCAUAGGACUGAAGGACUGGGUGCCUUCUACCGGAGUUAUACCACACAACUCACCAUGAACAUCCCCUUCCAAGCCAUUCACUUCAUCACGUAUGAGUUCAUGCAGGAGCAAAUCAACCCGCGCCGGGAAUACAACCCCCGCUCGCACAUCCUCUCUGGUGCCAUCGCGGGAGCCGUGGCUGCCGCAGCCACCACACCCCUUGACGUCUGCAAGACGUUGCUCAACACUCAGGAAAACAUGGCCUUGAGUUCGGUGAACAUCAGUGGGCACCUCUCAGGAAUGGCCAAUGCUUUCAGGACAGUUUAUCAGCUGGGCGGUAUCCCCGGGUAUUUCCGAGGGGUGCAGGCUCGUGUCAUUUACCAGAUGCCUUCAACUGCCAUCGCGUGGUCAGUGUAUGAAUUCUUUAAGUACUUCCUCACGAAGCACAAGCUGGAAAAAAGAGCUCCUUAUUGAAAGACGUGAGCAGAGCGAGCCUAAGGUUCAGAUGACAUUUGUAUAAACUCUGAGGGAUUCGCUCGUGUUGUGAAACAUGCAAGAUUUCUUGUGGAUUCACAAUUGAAUUUCACUUUUCUGUCGUUGGGGGCGAGGGGAAUUAAGUGGUCAUUGGAGAAAUUUGGCACCCUGUUUGCUAGAAUCUGAAGACUUUUUUAAAUAUAUUUAUAGCUUUGGAGAAGUGAAAUUACUAACUGAUAUUUUUUUCCCUCUGGAUAAGCUCUAAGAUGUAGUGUUACCACUUCACCAGAAAACUUAGACUGCAUGGGGGGUGGGGGAGGGGAAAUGGUAUUGAGAUAUUCUACAGCAAAGAAAUUUAAAUAUCCUGUCACUGAACAAACUUUUAUAUAUGACAUAAUAUAAAAUAGAUGGAUAAUGUUUAUCCUUUAUUUUUCUAUGUAGGAAUUUUGUUUUAAUACUAUUACAGCUGGAAGUUGAGCUGUUUUUAAAAAAAAAAAAAAAAGGCUGAAUUCUUCCAUCAUGACAUGUAAGAACCAAAGCAUUUUUUUUUUUUAAUAGCCAGAAUGGCUUUAAUCUUAGCAUUUAACCCAAAACAGUGGCCAGGAUUUUCAUUUGUACGUAGGUAAGCUGCCUCCAGUUUUAUGGCAUCCACUUGACACCUUAAAAGGGCCCGACUUUUAGAAAGUGCUGAGCAUAUGCUCUCUGAAAAUGGUCUGUUUAAGGGGUCUCAAGUUGGGCAGUGAAAAUCACUGGUUGCUCUUGAAAAAUCUUAGUUUAAUUGUUAUUCCCAUAGCUGACUUAUGAUUGUACUUGAAAGAUGAGCAUUUUUGGCAAACCUAUUUUAAAGGUACAUUUUGUGGCGUUUUAAUAGAGAAUAGGUUUCAUUACUCUUAUUUAUUCAUAAUCUUAUUUUCCACUAACGCCUCGCUCCUGCUUACACAUGAGUAACUGUGCAGGACUUGUGCUCGCUUACAUGCAAAACGUUACUCUUGUGCAUAAAAGUGUGCAGGAGCAGAGUAUCAGUUUACAGUUCUGUAAGACAACUCCUCUUGAAUUGUAAGAGUUGCAUACUGACCACAAGGAAACUGUCAAUCACAGUGCAAAAUAAGCCCUUGGAAAGUGAAACCUUAAACAGGAGAACACCAGAAUCAAAACCUUUUUGUAAAGCAAAGCCAACAAACAGCAGCUGUUCGUUGUCUGAUUGGUAUGUAUAAAUGAAGUGUCCUAAAACCUUAAGUUGAGUGGAUUUUAGUCCUUUGGGGACUUUGUUUGCUGCUAUGAAAUCCUAUGCUUUAUUUCGUGCUUCUGUAGAAAAGAACUCCGUGCAUUAAAAAAAGCACAUCUGACCUUCAGUUUUUUUGCAAGCUAGGUUUGUGGAUGGCCCCGCUUAGCCUCUAUACCUCAUCUUCUUACAAUGUGAUGUUGAAUCCAAUGUUUACCAAGUAUAGAUCCUGCGCUUGAGGCUAAGAAAACCAUUGACUGCUCUCCCCAAAUUAAACCGACCACUGUUGCAAAUAUAGGGUCUGAAUUUUAAAUGUCUAAUAUUUGGUCCUAGUUAUCUAAUUUAGGUGCAGUAAUAUUGUAGAAGAUGAACAGUUUUUGCUGGUCUAAAGAGCAAAAGCUGAACUUGUUGCUGGACUACAGAUGCAGAAUUUAUUAACUAAUAGCCAGUUGGCUACCUAGUUGGGACUAGGUAACAUUACAAUCAACAAAAAACCUAGCAGGAUUUUUCUGGUUUUAGAAAUGUAACUGAAUAGUAACAACCCCUCCCCCCCCCGCCCCCUUUGAAGGGACAUCAGUGUGAAAAGGUUGAUUGUACCUGUAAACUGACCACCUACUAGUGAAACAACAAACAUUUAAACAUUCCUAAAACUGAUACUGCAGCAGACGGUAUUUCUGUAUUGGCUUGUUUUUUCCAUUUGACAACUUUGUACAAGAUCGUUUUUGCUGUUUCUCCUGUUAUUUUUUUUUUUUUUUUGGUAUGGGUUUUUCACAUAGCAAUGUAGAAGAACCCUUUUUAAAGGAAAAUUAUGAUCCAAAAGCUGGCUGAGGGCCUGGGAGAACAUAUAGGACCUGAAGCUACUUUUUCAAGUUGACUAGAUUUGAAGUUGGCAUUCCUCUAACCCCAAAUUAAGCCUUGAUUGUGCACCUUGUACCAAUGACUUACAUUUUUCUGCUCACCUGAAUGAGGUGAAAAAGCUUUACCAUGUCUAACAUUUGCAUUUAAUUUUUUAACAUGGAGUUUUUCAUUUAAAGUACAGCUUAGUCUGUAUCUAUCUAAUAAUGAAAAAUCAUCAUCAAAUUGGGGGAUUUCACUAAGGCCUGAGUGAGACCAACUGGCAGUCGGGUCCUUCGCUGUAUGGUGGCUUUCAUGUGAUCUUACUCUGGCAUUACACUAAGUUUGGCAAAUAUUGGUUGACCAAUAUUUAUUUGGGGAAGGUAAAUUACUACAGGAAAUACUUCUCUGGUGAAUGUACAUGCAACCUGUAUAAAUUUUUCUUUACAAAUAAUAAGGAAUUAUGAAACAUUCUUUUCAUGUCUAUUGCUAUCCCUUAUAUUCAAUUAACCUUUCCUUUUUUUUUUGACAAGCUUAGUUUUUAUUUAGCUUUUCAAAGUGCAGAUUUGUAACCUCAGCCUAUUGUAAGCAUCGUAUUGACACUAGAAAGCAUUCAUGCUUAUCUUUGUACCAUGAGCUUGGUGUGAAAGCAGAUGCAAGCUUGGCAGGGUUUUUAGCCUAAAGUUUUCAAAGGAUUUGGAAGCCUGUUUAGAUGACUUUGAAAAAAUCUCAUCCCUAACUUUUAAUGAAAAGUGAAUGGAGCUGGGGACAUGCUCAGUGUAUGGAAGAAUCUUGUUAAGAAUAUGCUGAAUACAAAUCAAGUAUUAUGGGUUGGACACAAAUCAGCCAAAAUACAGGUGAGGUAAACUUUCUGAAAGGUAGGCCUCAGUCUUCUGUGAAGGCUUUUAAGCUUGGUUAGAUCAGACUUCAAUGAGAAGACUUUUUGUCUGCAUUAAUUUUUGAUAGGUGACCGUUUAAUGGGCAAGCAACAUUCAAGAAGUAUUCCUCAGUUCUUAGCACUUGAAAGUAAUUGGUGAAUGUGUGUGGUAUUUAGAAACUAGUAAACGUUUAGAUUGCAGUAUUUCAAUGAUGGUAUAAUAACAAGUAAACUUUAUAGUCCAAGGACCUUCCUCUCCAUAUCAUCCAGCUGCAAAAAAAAAUAAUCCCUGUAGUGAGGUGAAUGUUGAUGGUGCUUGGGUAUCCAGAUUCAAAUGGAGGUGGAUACUUCACUUGUUCAGGCCCCUUUAAAAAUUCCAAGUAUCACCACCUUGUUCAACAGAAAAAGGGUGGAUUUGCACCUAUUCAGUCAUUUGGUAAAACUUUCACUACUGUUACUGCAGAGAGAGCAUACAGUGAUGUGAGAGUGAGCUGGGAUUUGCUCCUGGCUCAUGUAUUGCAACCUCUUGUGCUGAUGAAGCAAGCCAGAGCCCAGCUUCACAUUCACAGUCCUGGCGGAGGUUGUAGAGCUGGUAGCUAGAAAGAAAACCCUCUAAUAUUGCAGUGCAAAAUUCCUCUGGAAAAUCAUGUAGAGCUCCUGCUGUCUCAAAUGCCUUGUUUAGACCCUUCUUGGAGCAUAACUUUUUUUAUAAUUCAUUGUGACUCGGGUUUGAUGCUAAUUGAACGAAGUUUUUUGCCUUAGAAUAAGACCAGCUAGAAUAGCCUGUUUCCAGCAUGAACUUUCUUUAGCGUGUAGAAGUCAACCUCUUAACCUCUGUAGCAACCUGCAUGAAUUCUUGCAAACGUUUCCUUUUUAUUGACUUCUCAGCUUUACCACUUUUGAUGACUUCACCCUGGCCAACCUGCAGAUAGAGCCUGAUCCUAUGUCCUUGGAGGCCACUGGAAAGCUUCUAUUGUCCUCAGGGAUGCAAGAUCAGAUACGAAGGGCCAGAUUUGCAAAGGGCUCAGUGCCUAAAGUUGGUCCCAACUCUUUCAGAAGAGUUGAGUUUCUGUUUUGGUACCAAUAGAAGAAGCAAGGUUUUCUGUUUUUCUUUUCUUUUUCUUUUCUUCUCUUCUAGCUUGCACAGCAAGUGCUGAUCUCUGCUGAAAAUCAAGCUGUUCUAGUGGGAUCUCCCAUUUGCUGAGUGCUUACAAGAAUCUGGCCACUUACUUAGAAACUUACAUAGGACUUAAGUUAUUUGGAAAAUGUGGGUAGUGAGCAUUUGAAAACCUAGCCCCUUAACCCUGGGCAAUAUUCUGCAUUAUGUAAUCAAACCUGGACCAAUAACUUUAACUUGGAAUGGAGACCUCUUGGAACCUUGUCCAGUUUGUCUUCUUGCAGGACUUCAUUAAAAUUUAACUCUUGUUUAUCAACUCCAAUAUUUACCUGCUGAAUCUCAAAUUUAAAGGAUCCCCACCAAAGCCAUGUUAGGCUGCAUCUCAUGUAGGUUGCAAUAAACGCACAUUCAACAUGGAAGCCAGUAACAUUCUGUUGACAUUUUAAAACACACUUUGUAUGUGAAACAGAUGUAUUGCUGCUUUGUGGCUGCAACAAACGCACAUGUUUUUUAAGGGAAAGGAUGAGUGUUAAGAUUUUUUUUAAGUUGAUGUUUUAAAAUUGCAGUUCUUGCUUUUUUAAUUUGACAUUGUACAUUUUUUGAAGAGAACACAUACAUAUUUAAUGCAGAAAGUUUGGCUUCUGAAAUGCUGCUACAGUUAUAACACUGGAGCUCGAGGAAAUAAAGUGUUUGAUCUUUGUCCUUCA